AUGAUGUCCGGAGAAGCUUGGUUGUACCUCUUGUCGGUACUCAUCAACGCCGUCAACCUCUUUUUGCAGGUUUUCUUCACCAUCAUGUACAGCGACUUGGAAUGUGACUACAUCAACCCCAUUGACCUUUGCAACCGACUCAACACCUACAUUAUCCCCGAGGCCGCGGUGCACGGUUUCCUGACCUUCCUCUUCCUCAUCAACGGCUACUGGGUGCCUCUCAUCCUCAACCUGCCUCUCCUUGUCUGGAAUGUCAAGAAGAUUGUUGACAACACCCACCUGCUCGAUGCGACGGAGAUUUUCCGCAAGCUCAACGUUCACAAGAAGGAAUCCUUCUUCAAGCUCGGUUUCCAUCUGGUCAUGUUCUUCUUCUAUCUCUACAGCAUGAUUGUCGCUCUCAUCCGCGACGAGUCGUCCUAA